ACCUCAACUGGCUGCUUCACACAAUCCGGGCUCGAGUCCCGCCAUGAAAUCAAGACUGGGGACCAGCCUCGUGAACAAGCACAGGCCUCCUUCCGUAUAGAGACCGGGUGGGGAGGACGCAUCCAGGACCCGAUGGAGGGGAACCACUAUUUUGGCGUCACAAAAUGCGAGUUGCUAUUGCCAACGCGCUGCUGUCGUCUACGCUGCCGCCUUUGCCUGCAAAUGGUGGCCGUGGUCACCUGGUCAAAACGACGUCGAGUCGGCCCGAUUCAACGUAGCUGGUCUGAGACGAGACAGACGCUGUCAGCUGAAUCAUGUCGGGUUGGCUGGUUUCCGAAGCCGGCCGGUCCCCAAUUCUCCGACGUCAAGGCAGCGCUCAGUAAAGCAACUUCAGCAGAGCAGAUAGAACUUGCAAGCGCGCCUCUUUAUGCCAAGCAAAGUAGCCCUUCAGGCAAGUUAGUGCAAGUGCGCGUGUGCCUCCGUGCCUUCAAGCCUGUUUGCACGUCUGUAUACCUGUAUAUAACCAGUAAGUCUAAUUCAUGCGCAUGUGCGUAUGUGUGUAGGCGCGGACGCCUGCAUUUGCAAGCCCCGAAGCGGUUGAUGCUAGACUUGAUCGCUCCUGUUUUGAAUUUAGCUCACUCUCAAAAGUGGGCUAGUCUGUCGAUCGGCCACCUUAAACGCUGGCUCAGGCAAUUUGCCCGUCUGCCAUUCGCUCUAGCAUCUAGCCCCCGGGACCGGCGGAUCUACCGGCCUCUCACCAACCCGCGACGAACUCACCCAUUGACGGACUCACCGACUAAAAAACUCGCCAGCCGACGAAAACUGACAGACGAACCGACGAACCGACUGAAGAACUAA